CACUGUUCCCAUAACAGCGAGCCUUUCCGAAGUAUUUUCGCUGGCCGCAUCGAUUCUCUCGAUUUACAAAUGAUUUCAAAGAGUCGUAAUGAUGGCGAACAUUGGCAAUAGAUCUUUUGCCUUUGAGAGUAAUGGCGGUAGAAUAAAUACUUGAAUAUCCUAAUUUUCUUCGCCGAUCGAUACUUGCGACGGUCAAGAAGUCUUUUGGCCUUUGAGCUUCUGGUCGAAGCGGUGGAAAAUUGUAUAUUUGUGAAUUGCUCGCAUUCUGUGUGGAUGGUGUAAAUACAGCAAGUCGUGUCGCGUUGGCAGAAGUAUAGCGGCGAUCUGCUGCGGCAAUAAUUGUUAACUAUUCGUACAUACCUAAUGGGAUGUGCUCCUAGUAUUCACGUUUCACAAUCAGGAAUUGUUUAUUGUCGUGAAGAAAUAAGAGAACCAAGUUCGGGAGCAAGGGCUUCGUCUUUGAGUGAAGUGAUCAACCAUAUCCAUUCAGAGCCGGGAACAAUCACAUCGACAGUUCGUAUUACAAGAGGUCGGUUUCCCAGUUUAGACAAACGCAAGUCCGUUGAAACGGACACACAAAGUUUCGAUUUACGCAAGAUGGAAGAAAUUUCGCAGGAAGAAAGAAAAGAAUUCACAUUUGGACCAAUGAAACUAUUUCAAAACCCAAUGUCGAUAUUGCUCGUGUUUCCAAAUGAAGAUCCACAAAGCAGCGCAUUCUUAUUGGCUGCCCACAGAGUUUCUUACCAUACCAAGUUGUGUACAACAAUGGAGAGUGCAUUGGAAUAUUUUCUUCAUUCGCACCCUGAGCUUGUUAUCAUAGAUUUACGAUGUCCACAAAGUAUUAAUGGUCAAGAAUUAUGCAGAAAAAUACGGGAAAUAGGACCUGGUGAAAAUGCUGUGCUAGUCGGAGUAACGAAACCAAGUGUUGGCAGUGAAGAAAGUCUCUCUAUUCUACCAUGGCUAAACAUUGGUUUUAACAGGAUAUUCACAGAAAGUCAUAAUAUUGGUCAGUGUCUUAAUGAACUAUUGAUGUUAGAACGCGGCGAGAUUAGAUCGCAGGCAAAAAUAAGGGCGGCAGCGUGCUUAUUCAGCGCUAUUGAACAUUGUCACGAUUCUAUUGAAAUUGCAACGUUAGAUACAGAAAGAGGAGAAUGCCUAUUGCAGUAUGCUAAUCUGGCGUAUGAAAAACUUACUGGUUAUUCAAGGAAGGAUGCUAUCGGAAGAACAACUCGACUUGGACCAUAUCCAAGUAAUUGUAAAGAUUCCGGUUCCGGUCUUGAUGAACAGAUUUAUUCACAACUUGAAAAAGGCAAAACUAAGGAAUGGAAGGAUUAUCCCAGUAAGAAGAAGAAUGGGGAGACAUUUAAGCAAAAUUUACAAAUUAUUCCUGUAAUCGGAAGAGGAGGGAAAAUCGCUCAUCUUGUUGCCGUAAAACAGGAGGUGAAAUCUGGCACAUGGCCUUUAUGGAAGCCUCGUGAAAAUCGUCCUAAAGAGAUUGUCAAUUCCUCUCCGAGACCAUCGAUUUCAUCAGCAAAACUAGAACCAUAUAUGACGAUAGUAAUAAAUAUGAUUAAUGCCGCUAAAGAAGGAAGUUCGCCAAGCAUUUCAUCGAAACUUUCAAGAGCAAUUGAAAUAUUGCAAACGAAAGAACUUUAUUCAAUAGGAAACGAGACCGAGGAGGAGAAUGAUGUUACGCCAUAUGAUGGCUUAGUGGGCAAUCGUCGACCGUCAGGAGGAUCUUUGAUAACGGGUCACAGGUCGGAUCCAUCAUUCUAUCCUGGUCGCAACACUCUACUGCAUGUGACAGAAGCACCCGCUGAAAUUCUCGCAGCGUUAGACGAUGACUCAUUAUGGGAUUACAAUAUAAUUGAGCUUGAACGAAUCACUGGUAACAAGCCAUUGUUCUACCUCGGAAUGGUAAUAUUUAGCCGUUUUAAUGCUCUCCAAUUCCUUCAUAUAUCCAAAGAUUGUCUAAUGAAUUGGUUAAGGUUAAUAGAGUCCAAUUAUCAUGAGCGAAACACGUAUCAUAAUUCAACCCAUGCCGCUGAUGUUCUACAUUCAACUGCAUAUUUUCUAAUGAAGGAGAGAGUAAAGAGUACUCUUGAGCCGAUGGACGAAAUUGCUGCCUUGAUAGCGGCUGCUGUUCAUGAUAUUGAUCAUCCUGGUUUUACAAACUCCUUUCUUUGCAAUGCAUCGGACUCUCUUGCAGUGUUGUAUAACGAUAUUGCUGUUUUAGAAAGCCAUCAUGCUGCCCUGUCUUUCAAAAAGACUGCCGAAGAUGAAUCGUCCAAUAUCUUUAGAGGACUUAGAAUAGAUGAUUAUCGUGCAAUUAGACAAAGUAUUAUUGACAUGGUAAUGGCGACAGAGAUGACCAGACAUUUUGAACAUCUCUCGAAAUUUGUGAACAGUAUUAACAAAAGACGGACAUCCAGUAUAGGAGAAGUCACUCCUGUGGGUGGUCGUGGCACCCCUGAUUCAACUACGUCAUCGUUACACACGCCUGAAAACAGAACUCUAAUAAAGAGGAUGUUGAUAAAAUGUGCGGAUAUUUCUAACCCGGCUCGACCAAGGUUUUUAUGUGAAACAUGGGCCAAAAGGAUAGCUGAAGAAUAUUUUACCCAGACCGAGGAGGAGAAAAAACGCGGAUUGCCAGUUGUGAUGCCCGUGUUUGACCGAGCAACAUGUAAUGUCCCACGCUCUCAAGUCUGGUUCAUCGACUAUUUUGUCAGCGAUCUUUAUGAUGCUUGGGAUGCAUUUGCACAUGUACCGGAAACCAUUUGUCAUCUCACGAAAAAUUAUGAAUAUUGGAAGCGUGAAGCAGAAGAAAAGGACGAAUUACUUCGACAAAUGAGACAUAAUUCCACUACAUCUCUACCGGUUUCUCAUUAAUUAACAAACAUUGAAAAUGGAAACGGUCCUUUUUGUAGAAUGACGUUGGUGGCUAUUAAUUUAAAAACGAGUUAAUAUGUACAUAGUCUCCUAAGUUUAUAUUGGUAUCUCUGAAAAGCAAAGAGUAUAAAUAUAUGUUAUAUAAAUAUAUAUAUAAAAUAUGAAAAUAUAUUUA